UUCUACUAAACCGUUGCAUUGUCGUACUGAAAACCGCACCGAAUUCCAGUGAUACCUUCAUGGAUUCCUCUGUUUUUUGAUAGAUCAAAUUCAAUUAACUUACCCAAAAAUUCAAAGAAAUUCAGGGAGAAUUGAAGCUCUCAAAUUCAUCCAAAAAUGGCCGAGAAUUCAACUCCAUCAUCAUCAUCUCCCCCAAAACCCUCCUUGCAGCCAUCAACAAAUCAGAUGAACAUGAUAAUUGAACCCUCGAAUUCGCAACAUUUACAGGGUUUGCCACCCUCCUCUUCCAGUCUUGCCAUCACCUCCCCUUCUCUUGACCAGCAAAAUCAACAACAAAUGGCACAAUCCCAGCCGCAGCAACAACAAAUGGUACAACCCCAGCAGCAGUUGGUACAAACCCAGCCGCAACAGCAACAACAGUUGCAGCAACUUCAACAACAAUUUCAGCAACAGCAGCAGAAUAAUAAUGGCGGUGUUAAUAAUAGUAGUAGUAAUAAUAAUUUAAUUGGGGGGUCGACUUUUCAGAUGCAGGGUUUACAGAGGACUGCUUCGACGUCAAGGCUGAAUCAAAUGCAACAGCAGCAACUUAAUAUGAUGAGGCAACAGCAGCUGGGGAAUUAUGGGCAAAUGAAUUUUGGGGGCGGGAAUGUUCUUCAGCAGCAGCAGCAGCAGCAACAGAAUAGUAAUAUUAGUAAUAACAGCAAUCAGCAACAGCAACAGCAACAGCAACAGCAACAACAGCAGCAGAAUCAGUUGCAGCAACAAUUAGGGCAGAUGACCAGCAAUAAUCUGUCGCGGACGGCAUUAAUGGGGCAAACGGGGCACCUGCCUAUGUUAUCUGGUCAACCUGCAGCGGCUGCUGCACAGUUUAAUUUGCAGAGCCAGUUUUUAACUUCGCCACGACAGAAGGCAGGAUUGAUGCAGGGUUCUCAGUUUCAUCCUAGUAUUUCUCCCGGGCAGUCUUUGCAGGCAAUGGGAAUGAUGAGCCCCCUCAAUUUAAAUUCUCAAUUUAGAGCAAGUGGGGCGAUUGCUUAUGCCCAGCAAAGGAUUACCCCGGGGCAAUUGAGGCAGCAAUCAUCACAGCAAAAUGCACUAACCAGUAGUCAGAAACUACAGCAGGUACAGAAUUUAGCUAGGACAUCGUUUAUGAAUCCUCAGUUAUCCGGACUAGCUCAGAAUGGACAACCAGCUAUGAUGCAGAACACCUUGCCCCAACAGCAGUGGUUAAAACAAGUGCCCGCUAUGCCUUCUCCCAGUUCUCCUUCAUAUCGUCUUCAACAACAAAGGCAACAGCUAAUGCAGCAGCAACUGGCUUCUUCUCAGAUUCAUCAGAAUUCAAUAGGAUUGAAUCCACAGCAGAUGUCCCAAAUGGUACAACAGCAACACCAAAUGGGCCAUUCCCAGAUGAACCAGCAGCCACAACCGCUUUCGCAUCAGCAUCAGCAGCAGCCACAGCAACAGCAAUUAAUUUCACACCAGCAGCUCCAGUCUCCAAGAAUGGUGGCUCCUGGAGGCCAGAAAUCUGUAAGUUUGACAGGAUCUCAGCCGGAUGCUACUGCAUCCGGAAAUACUACUCCGGGAGGAAGUUCUAGCCAAGGGACUGAGGCCAGCAAUCAUCUCCUUGGGAAGAGAAAGAUACAAGAUUUAGUUUCACAGUUGGAUCCACAUGGAAAGCUGGACCCUGAAGUUGAAGAUCUUCUUUUGGAGAUGGCCGAUGACUUCAUUGACUCGCUUACAUCAUUUGCUUGCACCCUGGCAAAGCAUCGGAAUUCUUCAACUCUGGAAGCCAAAGAUGUACAGCUUCAUCUAGAGAAAAACUGGAAAUUGACCAUUCCAGGGUACUCUAGCGAAGAUGGCAAACAGGCCCCAGAGCAUGUAAGCAUUGUUCUCUAUUCAAAAAUUUUACUUAAUGCAGCAUGGACAAGGUGUUUGUUAUAGCAAUAAAAUUAGGUCUUCCUAUGUUCAACUCCUGCCAAUCCAUGAAGUAUGUCACUCUUGGAUAAGGUCUGGAAGCAUCUACCCAAUAUUUUGCAUUUUCAUACGUUUAUGAAGUAUAUUAAGAUAUUGCUUUUAUAUUCUAUAACCCUUUCAACUUAAUUUAGAUGCCCAUAUUUGAAGUACUCUGUUACUUGGAUAUGAUCAGGAAGCAUUUACCCA